CUCACGAGCAGGUGGCACCAGCCUCCUCCCAGUCUUAUGGCAGGAUGUGGGGGACACCGGGCACGGGGGCGCGGAGCAUCCGUCCCUACCGGUCCAGCGGGCAGUACCUGUACGCCAUGAAGGAGGACCUGGCAGAGUGGCUGAAGGAGCUCUACGGCCUCGACAUCGAGGUGGGCACCUUCUUGGAGGUGCUGGAGACGGGGGCUGUGCUGUGCUCCCACGCCAACCACGUCACCCAGGUGGCCGGGGAGUUUGCCCGUGCCUUCCCCGACCUGGCCCGGCACCUCCACCUGCCCACUGCUGGUGUCACCUGCAACCUCACAGCACAGCCAGGCACCUUCCAGGCCAGGGACAACGUCUCCAACUUCAUCCAGUGGUGCAGGAAGGAAAUGGAUAUCAAAGACGUCGUGAUGUUCGAGACAGAGGACCUGGUGCUGAGGAAGAACGAGAAGAACUUCGUGCUGUGCCUGCUGGAGCUGGCACGCCACGCUUCCCGCUUCGGAAUGCGCGCCCCGACCCUGGUGCAGAUGGAGGAGGAGAUCGAGGAGGAGCUUCGGCAGGAGCUGGACCUGCCUGCCACAGAGCCCGCCCUGCCCCGUCCCCCCAGGAGAAGACGGGACCUCAACAACCUCGACCAGAUGGUCCAGCACAUGGUGAGCUGCUGUACCUGCCCUGUCCAGUUCCCCAUGAUCAAGAUCUCCGAAGGGAAAUACCGAGUGGGGGACUCUGACACCCUCAUCUUUGUCCGGAUCCUGCGGGAGCACGUCAUGGUGCGGGUCGGGGGCGGCUGGGACACGCUGGAGCACUACCUGGACAAGCACGACCCGUGUCGCUGCACCUCGCUCUCUCACAAACAAGCCUGGAAAGCGCGGAGCCCGCAGCAGCCGGUGCAGCACGAGGUGCGGCUGUGCCCGGCCCCGAGGGCGGCCGCCCGCAGCCCCCAGCCCGCGCUGCUGGUCAGCCGCUCCCAGAGCCCCCUGCCCCCCGUCACCUGGGGGGCCCGUGUCCCCUCCGGGGGUCCCCGGUCCCCUGCCACCCCCUCGCCAGAGGGCUCGGGUCGCCAGCCGGGUUCCAGCCCUCACCCGGAGCCGGCGCAGCCCCGGAGGGUCCCUUCGGGCAGGAUGCGGGAGCCACCCGCUGUCCCUCUGGGGAGGCAGCCGCCACCAUCCCGGUCACCCGCUCGAUCCAGCUCCCCUGGGCACGGGCCGAGGGGCCGGGCACCCGUCCCUUCCCGGCUGGGCCCAGGGAAAUGCAUCCCUGUGGCACCGGCACGGGGCAGGCCCGCAGCACCCGGCCCGCGGACGGUGCCGGCACCUCCGAGAAGCAGCCGGCAAGGAGGAAAAUCAUCUGCGCUGGCUGCCAGGCCACAGGAAACGGAGACACCCGCCACAGCGACACCCCGAGCCCCCAGCCCCUGCAAGGGCCGUGCCCCCAGUCCCCUAAAGGUCUGUGCCCCCUCCUCGCACCGGGAUGCUCCGGGAGAAGGGAGGCAGGGAGCCCUUGGCCGGGGCCGACAGCCUUCACCCCGAAAUUCCUCCAGCCACCCCCCGAAAGUGGACAGCGGCGUUAAACCCCCCAGCAAAGCCAGCCCGGCCCCGUCCCGGCCCCCCACCCCUCUGGGCCGUCCCGCAGGGGGGUGCAGGGUCUGUGCUGCUGGGGACGGUCCCCAGGGGACACGGCAGUGCCACCCCGCCCCGGACCCAGGGGCUGCGGCUGCUCAGGGACCUCGGGCGCCAGAGGAUGAAGCCGGGGCAGCCAGAGGAUGUGGCCAGGGGCUCCGGGGGUGCUGUAGGCACACGCAGCCCCCCGGCUAUGACAGGGUGCUGGAGGAGCUCUCCCGCGGGCGGCAGCCCCUGCGCCCCGUGGGGAUGCGGAGCCAGGUCCCCCAAACACCCGCAGGAGCUGCCCCGCAGCUCCCAGCCCCGGCGGAGGCAGAGCGGCCGGGGGUGGGGGGCCAGACCCCGCGGGCACCCAGGGCCGGCAGCGUCGCCAAGCCCCGGCGGUGCCUGAAGAAGCCCGAGCGUGUGCCCUCCAUCUACAAGCUGAAGCUGCGGCCCAAGGUGCGCCCCCGGCGGGAUCACAGGCCGGGCAAGCGCCCCUCGCGCAUCCCCACCCCGCUGGGGCAUCGCCCCGCUGCCCCCCGCGCCCAGCACCGGCCCCCGGCGCCGCCCCGAGCCCCCCAGCCCGGCGGCACACGCCCCACGCCGUCCCUGGGUGACAGCGGCACCUGCCUGACCGAGGAUGAUGAGGAGUCGUGGGUCUGA